UGCAGCUUGUUCACCCAAACGAAAUGGAUGUUGCUAAGGCAGUGGGUACGUCAGAUGAAAAAAAAAGGGACAAUAUAUUCCUCAGAUUGAAAAACCUUGGAAAUUUUAAAUACAAUCUUUCAGUAUUAGAAAAAAAAGGUAAUGAUAUCAUUGUUGCAAGAAGACCAAAUAAAGGUCCAAUUGUUGCAAAAAAAUACCUGCCAUGUGUUUCAUGCUAUGGCUUCUAUCUUGGUAAAGAUCUUUGGAGACAUGAAAAGAAUUGUCAACUUAAAGUAGGACAAGUUGGUAAGUCGGCAUCUGUUCAGGCAGAAUCAAGGGUGUUGCUAAGAUCGUCAGUUUCUUCUGAUCCAGGGACAGGUGAUGGUUUGAAGUUGUUAGACAGAUUAAAUACAAGAUCUGAUAGCAUAAAAUGUGAGAUUGUGAAUGAUACACUUGUUAUUAAGUUUGGCACAGUUUUGCUUGAAAAGCUUGGUGACAGAAGAAAGAACGAUAUUUCUCAGCGAAUUCGUCAGCUCACUCGCUUAAAGAUGCAGAUCAAUACAACUAAGAAUGAUAAGACCGAACAAUUAUUUGAUUUGAUUUCUGGAAAUGGAUUUGAUACUGUGGUGGAAGGGGUGCGGAACUUGUGUGGGACAUAUGAAAACGAGGAAAAAGUAGUGAGAAUGAAGAAACCUGGACUUGCAUUAAGAUUGGGACACAACCUGAUUAAAGCUGCAGAAAUCAAAUGUGGUAUGGCCUUGAGAAUGGAUGAUGAAGCAAGCUGUAAUCAAGCAGAGACAUUUUGCAAGCUUUACAGACGAGAGUGGAAUGAUAAGAUAUCAAGUGUUGCCUUAAGUACCCUGAAAACAAACAAGUUUAACAAGGGCCAAGUGAUACCAUUGACAGAUGACCUUGUGAAAUUGAAAAAUCAUUUGUCAUCAAGAAUGUCUGCACUUGCAGAAAAGCUACAAAGUUCACCUGCAUAUAAAGUUUGGCGUGAAUUGGCAGAGGUCACUAUGGUCAGAAUCCUGUUACUGAACAAGCGCCGAGGUGCUGAAGCAUCCAAGUUACUGAUUAGUGCAUAUCAGAGUCGGCCUUACUGGGAAGAGACUACAAACAAAGAGAUACUUGGCAGUCUUUCUCCGCUGGAAAAGAAGAUGUUCUCUAGGAUGGAUAUGGUCCAUACCCAAGGAAAGCAAGACAAAAAGGUGGCGACUCUUCUGAACCGAGACAUGGUAGACGCCAUUAAUCUACUCAUAGCCACCAGAGCAGCUUGUGGCAUUCUAGAUACAAACAAGUAUGUGUUUGCCAACCAAUUAGAUGGACACCUAAGUACCUGGACAAGUCUGCGUGACCAGGCAGUACAGGCCCAGUGCAGUAAACCCGAGUUGAUAAACUGCAACUCUUUGAGGAAGUACAUCGCAACAGUAUGUCAGCUGAUGGAUCUCAAUGAUGGCGAGGUCCAAUGGGUGUCCAGCCAUUUGGGGCACACAGUCAAAACACAUAAAGAUUUUUACAGGCUGCAAGAAGCAGCUAUAGAAAUCGGAAAGGUUUCAAAGCUGCUGAUAGCAGCAGAAAGUGGGAAACUUUCAAAAUAUAAAGGGAAAUCUCUUGCAGCCUUACAAUUUGAUGAUAAUGAUGAAUCCGAUAAUGAUGAGGAUGAUGAUGAUGAGGAGGCAAAAACAGACGAUUCAAUAGACGAUGCUCUGGCCGGAGACAUCAAUGAUAUGCCAUUAGCUGAUGGAUCUGACAGAAAGGACGAAGUGGGGGAUGAUUCACUCAACCAAGAAAUAGUUCAAGAAGAAAAUGCCAUUGACUCAUCAAAUGACGAACCACCAGAAAAACCUCCUUACCAAAGACCCCAGAGAAAAUGGCGUGUGAAGGCUGCUAGGAAGGAAAUUUGCUCAAGAGCCAGAGAAUCAUCAGUUGAAGAAUUACCAGUUGCACGGCUUUGUCAAAAACGCCAAAGAAUACAACAUGUAAUGCCUGCCCAGAAGGAAUCUUCAUCAAGGGAUAGCCAUGCAGACAUGGAUAGUGAUGACUCUCUUCACGAUCCCACAUACACUCUCGAAAAAGGAUCUGAGGAAUCAAGUGGAGAAGAAUUAAAAAUGCGAAAAAGGAGAUGGUCAGAGGAAGAAAACAUCAUUUUCAAACAGUGUUUUAAAAAUUGCCUUGAUGAUAAAAUUAUGCCAACUAGUGUUCAACUAAAAGUGGCUGCAAAACGGCUGCCAGAAAGAGGAAUUGCGCAGAUAAGAACUAGAGUUCACAAUGUAAUAAAAGGAAAACAAGUAAUGUAAACACUUCUAUGAAAAAGCUUUUGUUAUCCCCCUGCCAACUGGUUGGGUAAUGGUCUCUGUCCGUCCUUCAUGAUGCUGACCUAAAAACUUUAUGGACUGAAAGAUCACAGAAAUGAGAAGUUCAGAGAAUAGGGUUCUUCACAUUAGCUGUCAUUGUAUUUUUAUCAUUGCCUUGCAUGUGUUGCCUUUGUUUUUUUGUUGUUGUUUUUAAGUUCAUCACAUAAUUAAUUUUUAUUUUCAGACUGAACUAUUAAACAUUUAUGUCUUACGGGGUUAGGCAGGGGAUAAUGGCAAUGUUACUUGGAUCUUGUUAACGCUCAAAAUGUUAGAGAAUCCUGUGUUGUAGCCCUUCCAAACGUUUAAGGGUCAUUGUAUGUUAUGGUCUCAGUCAUUUGUCUGUCUGCACCAACAAUAUCAUACUUUUGUGGCUCUGUGCAGGCCUGUACCUCAAAGAUCAAGAUCAAACCUUAUGGUUCUUUGUCCGGGACAUAUUAAACACCCUGAAGGAUCUGAAAUAAAUUUGGGCAUAUAUUUCCCCAAUUUGUGGAGCUCUUGUUAGGAGUAUUACUUUGCCGAAAAAAAAAAUGACAUUUUUAUGCUCCCUGCAUAUAAAUCUGUACAGUUGUAGACUUUUUUUGAGGUUGUGUCAUGUUUAAGCCUUGGUCUUGGGUUCAAAGUCGAGGUCACAGUUUAUGAUCAAAGGCUACCAAUAUUGCUGAUUUUGAAUAUAUGCUUGUUUCUCUUAAAUUUUCUGUUGAAUAUGUUGUCAUUGACUAACAGAAU